CUCUCUAGUAACACUACACCUGCAGGACGCCAACAUGAUCUCCAAAACUAUGAUGGUGGUGAUGAUGGUUGUGGCUGGCCUCCUGGUGGCUGCCCUCGCUCUUCCUGACGCCUCACCCUCACGUCGAGGUUAUGGCGGCUAUGGUGGCGGAUAUGGUGGUGGACGCGGCGGUGGAUAUGGUGGUGGACGCGGUGGUGGUUAUGGAGGUUAUGGUGGCGGCUACGGCGGAUAUGGUGGUGGAUAUGGAGGAUAUGGUUAUGGUCGUUAACUAAUCAACAGAACGACCCUGAUACUAUAUUACUACUUCACACUGAAGCACAUCGCGUAUCCCAGACACACUAUAACUAACACAUCCCAAACAUACCCACACUAACACAUCCCAAACAUACCCUCACUGAUACAUCCCAAACAUACCCUCACUAACACAUCCCAAACAUACCCUCACUAACACAUCCCAAACAUACCCUCACUAACACAUCCCAAACAUACCCUCACUAACACAUCCCAAACAUACCCUCACUGACACAUCCCAAUUUAUCCUUCUUUCUGAAUACUGUAAUUUAUAUAUAUAUUUUUCUUAAUACAUCAUAUAGUUUCUUUAAGUUUGUUGUUUACUGGGUGUUUGUCCGUAUCUUGUUUGUCGAUUAUAUAAACAAAAUAAACA